CAUUUUCCGGGAAUCUUCACCUCGUCGAAGGACCCUUUUUCCCUAAUCUCUGCACAAAACCUUUUAAACACCUUACCUGCCACGAAGAAAACAGGUAGAAGAUGUCGCCGCCGUGGGACAUCGACACCUGGAACAUUUUGUAUGUCCUGGCUAAUUACCACUGUACCGGCCAUGUCCUUGAGUGGCUCUAAGAAAUGUCAAGCACGCGAUGAAGUCGUGACUGCCGAAAAAUGUUUGAUGUAAACACGUCGCCUUUUCAAGUGAUGCCAAUCAAGCAACAACCCCCAACCCCUUUUUAUCAGGCGCUCUGAAUUGGAAAAUCUGCUGGCAAUCAAUAAAAAGAAACGAAUGGAGGCAUUUUGACCGAGUUUCGGGAGCCAAGCCCCCGCCUCUCCUUUCUGGCGAGCAGGUGAACACUCGGGCAGUUGGCUGUUUGGGUGGUUGGGCGAUUGGGCGAUUCGUUUGUUGUCCCUGGCAACGUUCGUUAUGAAAACUAAACGAAAACAAAUGCGCCCAAAGACGAGACAACAUGCUCUGAAAAUUGGACAAGUCAGACAGCGGAUACAUCCGUGGACAGCGACGUCGGCAAGUUGGGGACAGCCGAGGCAGAUUCCAUCGCCGGAGAGGAUCCCACGCACCCUCCACCCAGGCAUUCAGGCACCCAGGCAUUUAGACACCCAGGCAUUCAGGCGUCAAGGCACCUCCACCAGCAUCAGCAUCAGAGUUAGUCCUGUCUGGAGGUCCCUGUUAGUCCUCCGGCGAACGCGAACGCGGAAUCGGAAUCGGACGCGGCGAGACUCGACGACAUACUGGGGAACUGCAUUGACAUCGACACGGUGGCCGUGGUGCAGCACAAGCUGGUGCACAGAAUUGUAGGUGGCAAGAUGUCCCCGCCCGUGCUGUACUACCUGCCGCCCAGUCCGCCCUGCCGCAGCAUCCUCCUGCUGGCCAAGAUGCUCGACCUCGACUUCGAGCUGAAGAUCGUCAACAUUUUGGAGGGGGAGCAGCUGAAGCCGGACUUCGUGGCCAUGAACCCCCAGCACUGUGUGCCCACCAUGAACGAUGAGGGUUUGGUUCUGUGGGAGAGUCGAGCGAUACUUUCUUACUUGGUGGCAGCCUACGGCAAAAGUGACGAACUGUAUCCCACGGAUAUAAGGGUUAGGGCCUUGGUGGACCAGCGCCUUCACUUCGAUCUUGGAACCCUCUAUAUGCGACUCACUGACUACUAUUUUCCCACAAUGUUUAUUGGAGCCCCUUUAGACGAGGGAAAGCGCGCCAAAUUAGCGGAAGCUGUGGGCUGGCUAAACUCGAUCUUAGAGGGAAGACAAUAUGCGGCAGCUGAUCACUUUACCAUCGCUGAUCUUACUCUUUUGGUGACCGUUUCCCAGCUGGAGGCCUUCGAUUUCGAGCUGCGACCUUACAAACAUAUAAGGCAAUGGCUAGAUCGUUGCAAGGAACACAUGGCACCUUAUGACUACGAGGAGUUGAAUACCAACAAGGCCAAUAUGCUGGCCGAUAUGUUCAAGGCCAAGAUGAACCAGACUGCAGGAUCCUAGGAUUCAUUAAGGCAGCGUUAUUACAGUAUAGAUAAAAACAAAUGAAAUA